AUGGCGCCCACUCAGAAGGAGUCCGGACAUGAGAAGCUCGUCCGCGCCGGCUUCCUUCGACAGGCUCAUUCCGGGAUUUUCCAAUUGCUCCCACUUGGAGCCCGGGUACAGGACAAGAUAGAAAGGCUGGUAGACAAGCACAUGCAGUCACUCGGAGCCUCGCGCCUUUCGCUCUCAACCAUAACCUCGGAGUCUCUAUGGCGCAAGAGUGGCCGUUUUGAGAGUGUUGCACCAGAGCUCUUUCGACUCCGUGAUCGCAAGGAUGUACCUCUGCUUCUGGCUCCUACUCAUGAGGAGGAGAUUACUGUCAUGGUAGCAAGCACCCUCAAAUCUUACAAGGACCUACCGUUAAGGCUCUACCAAAUCACACGCAAAUAUCGAGACGAGAUCAGGCCCCGUCAUGGCCUCCUCAGGUCCCGCGAAUUCCUCAUGAAGGACAUGUAUAGCUUUGACACGACAUAUGAGUCCGCAUUCCAGACAUACCAGGAUACCGUCGCAGCUUACAAGGCCAUCUUCAGCGAGCUUAAGCUUCCUGUGGUCGUGGCCGAGGCCAGCUCUGGAGACAUGGGCGGUGAUCUGAGUCACGAGUACCUUCUGGCCCACCCCAUCGGAUCCGACACAAUGGCCACGUGUAACAGCUGCGGGUAUGCUGCGAAUGACGAGGUUGCUGCAUCACGGCCGGUGCCAUUGAGCGAGACCAGCGACGUCUCCGCCUCGAGCGUCUGCAUGUGGCGUGGCAUCACGAAGGAUAGAAGAACUCUCGUCAACGCGUGGUUGUACAAACCCCGGUACGACAUCACGCCAGAGGACGUGAACAUCCACGCCAUAAAAUCAGUGGUGCCCGAUCUCGAUACCAGCUUGACGGGUGACGUUCUGCCCAUGUGGAAGGACGCACUGGAGGGCGCACCUAAGGAUGCUCCGGUGCGUCUGUUGAACGUUGUCGAUUCCCGCCUGUCACCCUUUGUCAAGGAGCUCGCGGAUUCACCUGAAAUCAUCCCGUCAGAGUUCUCCGUAGGCCCGGAACACUCGACGAUCACACAAACGAACAACGGCUCCAGCCUCAACCUCCUCCGCCUUCAAGACGGCGAUGGUUGUGUCCGGUGCGAGUCUGGCACGCUCAGAGUCGACCGAGCCCUGGAGCUCGGCCACACCUUUUACCUCGGGACACGCUACUCGGAGCCGCUGGAUGCUCUAGUGUCCCUCCCGGAAGCCCCCGGCAAGAAGAUCCCCGUCCAGAUGGGCUGCUACGGCAUCGGCAUAUCCCGCAUCUUCGGCACCGUCGCCGAGCAUCUGGCAGACGACAAGGGGCUGAACUGGCCCAAUGCCAUUGCGCCCUUCCAGGCAGUCGUCAUCCCCACAUCGGACACGACGCAGGACACUCUCGACUUUUACGACCGGCUGUCCCAGAGCGGCACCCGUUCUGACGCUCCCCUGGACAUCGUCCUAGACGACCGGAAACAAGGGUUUGGAUGGAAGAUGAAGGACGCCGACCUGACGGGAUACCCUGUCACCGUCGUCCUCGGAAGGGGCUGGAAGGACAAGGGCACAUGUGAGAUUCAGUGCAGGAGGCUCUCUGUCAGGGAAAAUAUCUCUCUCGAGGCGGCGCCCGCCUAUCUGAGGGGUCUGCUGGAGCAGCUCUAA